AUGCCGACACCAAGUGACGAUACCCAUCCGCCCGCGCCUGUCGACUUCACCACCUCAGAACAGAACAAUUUCGCCAGCUGUCCUCCUGAAGAGCGGCGCGAACGCUAUGCGCCACGCGACGCGCGAGUAGAACACACCGAACCGCGCAUACCAUCAUCAGCUGCCGAGACCGGAAGUGAUGGCCCGGAAGGAGACGAGCGCAUGAGCCAGCCUUUGCCAGCAGAAAGAGUUGCCAGGGUAGAAUCGAAUGGGGCUGAUCGGACAGAAGAGCAGGUCAGAAAAGGCGAGCACAUCGAAGACGCUGGGAUAUGCGUGGAACCACCGAGUCCCGUUGGCUCUCCCGAUGCUCCAAGCGACAGCGAUGCUCGACUAGCACAAUCAUUGGCGCAGUCGAUGUCGACCGCUGCGAUAUCACCAGGAACCCCGCCGCCGCAGUACCUUCACUUCCCAGAGCUAGAGAUGAACAGGCACGUCUCACCGACAUCGACAACAUCGUUUUUGAGGCCGGGGAGCAGGUUCAGAGGGACUCAACAAUCAGACCGUCAGGUGUAUGAUGUUCAAGUCGAAUUGAAGGACGUCAAUCUGGCAGAGUCGUUUCUUUGCGGCUACCUACGUAUACAAGGUCUCACCGACGACCAUCCAACACUUACGACAUUCUUCGAAGGCGAAGUGAUUGGUCCCAAAUACCUCUUCAAGACGGACCAUAAAUCAUGGGGCAGCAAUGAGAAAGUCGAUCUUCAACAUUGGGCCCGUUUCCCUGCGUGGCGACCACUGGCAAAGUCAGCAAAAUCGCCCAAUUUCACACUCAAGAACUACCAGCAACGAGAACAUCUCUUCAUGCGCUGGAAAGAGUACUUCCUCGUGCCGGACCAUCGUGUCAAGACCAUCACUGGAGCCAGUUUCGAGGGCUUCUACUACAUAUGCUUCAACCAAUGUUCCGGCAGCGUAAGCGGCAUCUACUUCCACGCGAAGAGCGAGAAGUACCAACAGCUGGAGCUUCGACAUGUGGAAGACAAAGGCUGCAUACCGGCCGUGGAGUUCCGGUGA